AUGGUCAAUUUGUGCGAUCUGUUAGAAAAGUACAGUGAAUUCAGUAAAAAUGAUGAUGAUAUCUUCGUGUACGUUGAUCGGAUGCUGCUCAAUUUUUUUGAGGCUCGCAAAAGGCAACACCAGGUUGAAAAUGAACUUGAGCAUAUAAAAAGACAACUAGCAGAAAAGCAAAAACUUUUAAGCAUUUCUCAUAACCGCGACACUGAAUCGCCGAUAAGGAAACGAAAAGCUCUAUCGCUUGAUUCACCACACUUAGCCCACAAAGAAAAUGUUUCGAUUAUUGAGAAUUCUACUAUUUUUUCGCACAAGUCACAUACCGACACUUCUUUGAAAGAGUGCUCCUUAUUAGAACAUAAUAUCAUUGAUUCUGAAGAGCCAAUGUUUGCUCUAUCGCAAAGCCCUCCACCGACCAGAAAAGUUCUUUCGCCAAGAAAUAAACCAACAUCAGAAUCAACGCCAGUAGAUCCCGUUAAGAAGGUACAACAAGCUGAGGGAAACAUUUUGCGCCCCAGCCUCCUCAACGCCAACUUUACAACUCCGGGAAUUGUGGCAAAGGAAACCGCAUUAUCUGCAAGCCGUAAAUGGACGGCCAAGAAACCCAAAGAAGAUAUAUUGAAAGCAGAUAAGCAGACUCCGGUUACUGUUACGCGUUACAGUUCACUCAUGGAUUGCCAGGCCCGUUUUCGGCAAACAAAGCUUAAUUUUUCAGACCAUCAAAAGCUUGCACCGAAAAAGGACUCCGACGCCACAUUGCAUGAAACUGUUUUCAAUGAUUUUGUAAUUUCGACGCCACCCUCGGCUACAAAUAGAUCUUCAUUUUUGAAAAGUCUACGCAUGAAAAAAAAAUCAAAUAAAACUACUGAAAUUCAAUCGGAUACACUAGCUGCUGACCAUAAAUCGUUUGGAGCACUUGCGACUGUUGGCAGUAAAAUUGGUGCAAAAACAAAUGCAGAUUUAGACUCACACACGUAUAACGAUAACAUAGAUCAAACGUAUUGUCCCGGAGUAGAAUCCAUCAAUAAGCUUGCUCAAAUAAGCGUGAAACAAGAGCCACGGUCUCAACAAAAGUCUCUAGCGAUUGUUCAGCCAGAUUCUAAAUCAGAUUGUUUUCCAAGUCGGCCAAAAGAGGGUGAUACAGAUGGAGAAACGAGCGAAGUUGAAAUUUUACCCACAUCUAGCCAACGGUCGAUUAUAAGCGUUGCAGAUUCACAACGCGAAAGUGACAAGAUAAUGGCCGAGUUAAACGACCAAGAACAAAGUACGCGAGUCGCCAAAUUAUGUGGUUUUCAUCUUAUGACAUCCUUAAACCCUAGCAUGGAACGGUAAUGUAGUGAAAGAUCAUCGAACGGAAACAUAAAAUGUAUUUCAUUUGCCCAAAAGUUCAGCCCUCAACAUAAACAGCCUAUCUUGUGCGAUGAAUGCAGAACACUUUACAGAUUUUAUACAUCCAGUGGUGUAUCGAAUGACACGGCGUUAACGAAAUUACCGCGCAAUUGUCGUAAUUGUAGUAUGGCUCAGCUACACGACACUCCGUCGGGUUUCUGGGAUCCAGAUUUUCUGCCUACGCAGCCGUCAAACCGGCGAAUAUAUUAACGUUUCAAUCCUGAACACUUUUCGGAUACCACCCAAAGGUGCCAUACACGGAUGUCUCUCGACGUGAAACAUUGGUCUAUCCUGUUCGUUAACAUUAGAAGUCGUCGUAGUGAUUCACGUAAUAUUUAAACGU